AUUUUUGCGUAGUCCGUGCUAUGUAAAUGAUGUCAGAAUAACUUGAGGGAACACGAGUUUCUUAUUGUUUUUAUUAACACUCUAAUAUUGAGUGAACAUAUUCCUCGAGAAUGGCACAAUGCCUGAAAAAAGCAUUUCAGAUUACUCCAAACAUAAUUCUUUAUCAACAAAAACGUUUUCGAGGCAAAAUUAAUAUACAAAGACCCAGACCAUCGCAUUAUCUGAGGGCAUUGGUAAACGAAUUUAUGACGCCUUUUUAUCCGUUCCCAAAUGAAGGCAAAAAAUUAGAAGAAUUAUGCCACAGAGCAGUAUCUGUAGAGAAAAAGAAAGAAGAAUAUAAUCCUUACGAAAGAAUAAUAGCACGUGAAGUCCGUAACUGGUUUGACAAUUCCAAAAUGAUUGCCAUUUGCCAUCAAAAUUCUAUGUUAUCGGAGGACGAAUUUGACCUCAAAGUUCUAUUGAAAAAGACAAAUAUGUAUUAUAAACGAUAUAGUAAGAAAAUUAUGAAAUUGGCAUUGAUGGAUUCACCUUACGUGCUAACAAUGCCAUUGUAUUCGUCGCAUUUUUCUAUUGUAUUUGGUUCUGAUAUAAACGUUGCUGCUUUCGAACAAAUUAUUAAAAAGUUUCCACAAGUUAUUUUAUUGGGAGGUAUAUUGGAGGAACAUGUGCUGAAUAAAAAGGACUUUUUGAAAUACGGUAAAAUGGAUCUUACAUCAUCACGAGUUCAUCUUGUUCAGUUGUUACAGAAUGCAGGCGGUAACAAUCUAAAUCAGCAGCUCACGCAUCAUCAAACCACAUUAAUUACUCGACUAAAACAGAUUGGUACAAGCGAAACAACUUCCGGCGAGAACGAAGAAUCGGUGCCUGUAUAAUUGCAAAAAAUUAUUGUAUCAAUAAUUUAUUAUACAUCUUAGAGUUAUCAAAAGCUUUAAGUAAAAUAUGAUUGAUUUCCCACUUUGUAUUUACGGUAAAAUAAGAAAUAUCGGUACAAAGUUA